UUAAGGCUGUUUUGUUGCCAUUGGUAACAUGGCUGCUCGGUGGGCUAGCCCAUUUCCUUUCGUCAGCAAGUUUGUCUUUUCUGUUUCCGGGAGAUUAAAAACAAAAUCUUAUUUAGCGGCUUCUGUUCUCAGUUCAUGUGAGCCCGUGUUGUUGUAAAUAGAGCAAUCAUCUUAACGCACCGAAAAUAAGCUUUGGGAAUCAGACUGGAACUGUAAAAAAACAACAGGGAACGGAUUUUCGCGGAGGCUGUGUAUAGCGGGAAGCGAGUGGGAAACUGGGCCCUGUGCAUUGAGGAGUGGAGGCGGAGUACUUUCUGCCUGGGAUCCGUGGAGGCGAUUGAAAAGCGAAGCCCAGCAGCGGGGAGCAGGGAUGGGGAACAGUGCUCUCAAGGCUCACAUUGAGACGUCCCAAAAGACUGGGGUGUUUCAGCUCACCGGCAAGGGCCUGCCCGAGUUCCCUGAAGACCUACAGAGACUGUCCAGUAAUUUACGGACAGUGGACCUGUCGAACAACAAAAUAGAUGUGUUGCCUUCCUUCAUUGGAACUUUCCUCAGCCUCAAGAGCCUCACCCUGAACUGCAACAAACUCACAAGCCUCCCAGAGGAGAUUGGGAAACUGAAGAAGCUGGAGACUCUGCACCUCAAUGGGAACCAAUUGCAGAGACUACCCGUGUCAGUGGGACAGCUGACUGCGCUGCGCACACUGGGCCUCUCUGGCAACCGCCUGCGGGAGUUUCCCAAAAACCUUGGCAGCCUGCGUCACCUGGACCUGCUAGAUCUGUCCAAGAACCACAUCCAGGCUGUGCCGGCAGAGGUGGGCACCCUGCAAGCCAUCGAGAUAAACCUCAACCAGAACCAAAUCUCUGAAGUGUCCCCAGAUGUGUCAAAGUGCCCUCGAUUGAAGGUCCUGAGACUGGAAGAGAACUGCUUGGAGCUGUCCUCUGUGCCACUGUCCAUCUUCUCAGACUCCCAGGUCUCUCUGCUUGCCCUGGAGGGGAAUCUUUUUGAGGUCAAGAAGGUCCGGGAUCUGGGAGGAUAUGACAAGUACAUGGAGCGAUUCACUGCUACAAAGAAGAAGUUUGUUUGAAGUCUGGCUUCUGGAGGGCACUUUUAAGAAUGGAGGAGAUGGGAUUUACAGUAUAGCUUCCUCUAUACCUGUCAGUAACGGGAGAACAAGGAGAGAGAGGCUGUAUGAUCUCACAGAGCCAUCAGAAGGACAGAGCUACUCAGCUGUCCAGAAGACUGGAGACCACUUCCACAGCACAGAAUGCAAUUUUUUAACACAAAACUGCAUAUAUAUGCAUGGGCUGCAUAUAGAGAUUUGAUUGAUUUCUCACUGAUAAAUUGGUUGAAAAAGGAUAGGUCUGUAAGAUUAAUCCUUUAAACAAUUUGGUAUGUGAUCCUGCCAAAAUAAUUACUUUUCUCAAUACUCAACACUAUUCUAGACCUGUGUCUAGAGAAAAUUGUGUAAAUGUUAUUUUUUAUUAAUUGGCAAUCUUCACUAUCCACUUUGCUCUCAAUACAUUGGGCCUAUUUCUGAAACAAUGCAGGAGUCUCAUGAAACAAGUAAAGGUGUUACUUUUUUUAAAAAAUGCAGUGUAAUAAUGAUAGUAUUUAUAUGCAUUGCUUGUAUGUACUUCAGGUUUUUAUAAACAUUAAAAACAGCUUCAUUAGCAAA